UGACAUCUUUAUCACCAAUUUGGAAACUUGAAGGAGUCUUGUGAUCAAUUUCGUGCUGGUUCGCAAAUUUGUCGAGGUUCCGUCGAAAACUGGUACUUUUAGGAGUAAUCGAACGAGACCAUCUUAAUUCGUGACAAUGCCGAUUUGUGGGCCAAAAUUAUCGCUUUGCGGAUUGAUAAUCUCCGUUUGGGGCAUCAUCCAGCUGCUGCUAAUGGGUGUAUUCUAUUACAUUCAUAGUGUCGCUCUGAUUGAGGAUCUUCCACUGCAAGAGCAUUAUAAAACUCCCCUGGACUUCUAUGCAGAUGCAGAUCGGGCAUAUAGUCAGAAUGCAUAUAACUGCUGGAUCGCCGCCUGUAUUUAUGUUCUGACUUUAGUCAUCUCCGGCCAGCAAUUCUACGCCAAUAGCCGUUCAACUGUUGCUUAAGUUUGAAUGAAUCACCAUCACUAUUGGUUCGUCAUUAAGUGAUGUAGAGAAUCGAUGUAAAUAUGUUAACCAUCCAACAACUAUUGUUCCGUAAUACAGCAGAUCAGAUUCAUGUAUAGUAUUAUUCGAAUCCUCGGUAAUACAACUUACAUGCUAAUCCCGAAAACAUCAAGAAGAGCAGUACAUAUGAAACGCUACCCAUUCCUUAUUUAUAUUAUUCUAUGGAUGAAGUGUAUAAAUUCAAUAAGCCUAUUUCAUAUUGAUUUUAUUUCUUCAAACCACUUCAAUGUGAGUUCAACUUGGUUUGGUAUGGACGUUUAUCAUUGUUUGUUAUCAGUGUAAUAUUCAGCACUUCAAAUAAAGGAAACAAAAAGUAUAAA